GGGAAACAAAACGGUGUAAAAAACCGUUCCACCUCACAUAAUUCACUUUGAACUUCACCCCUAUUUUUUUGGUCUAUGGCUACAAUGGAUGGUGGCUUUGUUGAUUGCCAUUGCCACAUCACAGCCUAUGAAUUUGCCGAGGAUUUAGAGGAUGUGAUCAAGAGGACCAGAGAGGCUGGAGUCAAAACACUUAUUUCUGUCACUGAAGAGCUCAGUGAGUUUGAAAGAGUUAUCCAGCUGUUUAAAAGCUACCCAGAUCUAGUUGCACCAUGUUUUGGAAUCCACCCAGUCCAAGGCUGUGGGUCCCAUGACCAGCACAGCGUGAAGAUUCAGGACUUGGAGCCUGCCUUGCCCUUGUUCCAGAAGUACAGAGAUGACAUUGUUGCAGUUGGAGAGAUUGGUCUUGACUUCACACCUUGGUAUGCCCCCACUUCUCAGGAGAGAGAGGAACAGCUGACUGUUUUCACCAAGCAAUUACAAAUAUCCAAGGAUCUGGAUUUGCCAGUGAACAUCCAUUCCCGAUCAGCUGCAAAGGUCACCAUAGCUACUCUGAAAGAACAGGGGAAACCAUCAGUGGCCAUGGAAGGAGUGCAGGCAGGGUACUUCUUCUCCUUCCCUCCAGCUGUCUGUAGGAAUGACCAGAAAGCCAAGCUGAUCAAACAGAUUCCGUUAGAACACAUCUGUCUGGAGACAGACUCUCCUGCCUUGGGACCAGAAAAACAUGUAAGGAAUGAACCCAAGAACAUAUCACUGGUCUGUGAGUACAUUGCUCAUGUCAAAGGAAUCACACCUCAAAUGGUAAUUCAUGCCACUACAGAUAAUGCCCUCAGAUUGUUCCCAAAAAUUAAGAGACUUGAGUGACACAUUUUGUAAUUAAAUGAAUGUUGUGUUAUCUCAUGCUGUGUCUCUGAAAAUGAAAUGGAAUUGUGAAAUAAAAUGCUCAAUCAACAGG